UAAAUUGUUGGAGUCCUCAUAUCCACUACCCGCUUUAAUGAACAAACCAAUUCUUGAUAUAGGAGCAUAGUUUUCCAAAGAAGCAAUCACUAAACCAUUCGGUAAUUUGGUGAACUCAAGGUCCUGAGGAUGUGGAGGUGCUCCUGCAGGGGCAGCUGUGGCUUUAACAUUGGGGGCAACUUUGAGGGAAUAAAAUCUUGAGAAGGACCCGGCUCUGCUCACUAGUUUCAUGGUUCAAGAUUUCUCUGACCCGUGGUCACUACUGGAUUAAAGGAAAGCAAGAAAGGGAGAACAUGGCUUACACUGUGGAAUGCCUGAGGGGUGAUGUUGAAAUUCUAAUGGAGUUCCUGCUCAAUGUCACCACAGCACCAGAAUUUCAUCGUUGGGAAGUAGCUGCCCUUCACUCUCAGCUAAAGGUUGACAAAGCUGUGGCUUUUCAGAAUCCACAGGCUCAUGUCAUUGAAAAUUUGCAUGCAGCAGCUUACCAGAAUGCCUUGGCUAAUUCCUUGUAUUGUCCUGACUAUAGGAUUGGAAAAGUGACACCAGAGGAGUUACAUUACUUCGUUCAGAACCAUUUUACAAGUGCAAGAAUGGCUUUGGCUGGACUUGGUGUGAGUCAUCCUACUCUCCAGCAAGUUGCAGAACAGUUUCUCAACAUGAGGGGUAGGCUUGGUUUAGCUGGUGCAAAGGCCAGAUUCCGUGGAGGUGAAAUUCGAGAACAGAGUGGAGACAGUCUUGUCCAUGCUGCUCUUGUAGCAGAAAGUGCUGCCACAGGAAGCACAGAAGCAAAUGCAUUUAGCGUUCUUCAGCAUGUCCUCGGUGCUGGACCACACGUCAACAGGGGCGGCAACGCUACCAGCCUUCUAGACCAGGCUGUUGCCAAGGGAAUUCACCAGCCAUUUGAUGUUUCCGCUUUCAAUGCCAGUUACUCGGAUUCUGGACUCUUCGGGAUUUACACUAUCUCCCAGGCUGCAGCUGCUGGGGAUGUUAUCAAGGCUGCCUAUAACCAAGUAAAAACAAUUGCUCAAGGAAACCUUUCCAAUACAGAUGUGCGAGCUGCCAAGAACAAGCUAAAAGCUGGAUACCUAAUGUCAGUGGAGUCUUCUGAGGGUUUCCUGGAUGAGGUUGGGUCCCAGGCUCCAGUUGCUGGUUCUUACGUGCCACCAUCCACAGUCCUUCCACAGAUUGACUACGUGGCUAAUGCUGACGUCAUAAAUCCGCAAAGAAGUUUGUUUCUGGCCAGAAGUCAAUGGCAGCAAGUGGAAAUUGGGGACAUACACCUUUUGUUGAUGAGUUGUAAUAUUGAAGCACAUAUUACAGGAGAGAGCUGAACAUUCUCUCAGCCCAGAACAGCAAACAUAUGAAAGUCAGAAGUCUCUAAUAUAUUUAUCUUUUUUUUAAUUAGGUAAAAUACUUUAAAGCAUAAAUUCUUCCCAGCUGACCUAAAGUCAAUAAAGCAUUCUGUUUAAAAA